AUGCUACGUAAGACUUUACUUCAUUUUAUAGUAAAUAAACCAAGGGACUGCAAAGUGUUGUCAGUGAGAAAUUCAGCUCUGUUUAUAAAUGGUGCAAAAGCAUCAGAAAAUUUCGUUUAUGUGAUUCCAUAUAUUGAUUUCCCUGAACAGAUUAAGCACAAACAUAUUAUUGAAGAUAAUUUGCUGAAAAGAAAAUCCAAUAUUGACUUAAACAAAGUGGAAAACCUCUGGUCUAUGUAUGAAGAUCUGAAACAAAGGAAAUCAGAGUAUGACAAGAAGAAAGAGGAAAUAUCUAGAGAGUUAGGAAAGUUGAUUAAGAGUGACCCAGAAGGUCAGGAGGUCAAGCGACUUAAGAUAAAAGUUGAUCUACUCAAAGACAACAUUAGAAAGUUAAAAGGACCUUUGUGGUCUGCCGAGGAGGCUGCAAUACUUGAAGUAUUGAAGAUUCCCAACACAUUGCAUCCUCAAACAUCAGAUGUAAAUAAGAUAUUGCACACCCACCUGUCUCCACCAAGUGGCAUAAAGGACCAUUUAAAUAUUGGUGCAGAUCUUGGCAUUAUUGAAUUUAAGAAAAAUGAGAAUUAUUAUUUGAAAGGUGAUGGAGCUAUAUUUGAACUUGGAGCAAUGUUCUAUUUUAACGAAGAGUUGAGAAGAAAUAAGUUUCAUCAAUUUUCGAAUCCUGAUUUUGUAAAAAGUGUCAUAGUUGAAGGAUGCGGGCUGGACCAUUCCAAUCCUGACUCCACAUUUAUUCUACACCACAAUGAGAACACUAAAGUGAACCCUGAUAGCCGAUUACAUUUGACAGGUGGUGGACACUUAUGUUCAUUUUUGGCAUAUUAUGCUAAAAAUAUUUUGUACAGCAAAGCUUUGCCUUUGAGGUAUUUUUCAAUGGGAAGACGAUAUCAACCAUCCCCCAUUAAAGAAGAUAGCUUGUUUCAUGUCAGUCAAUCUUCGGUAGUACAGGUGUUUGGUGCAGGGAAAAAUGCUGAAGAAACUGAUAUGAUUUUACAAGAAUUAAUUGAUAUAUUAAAAUCGGUUUAUAGCCAAUUGGGAUAUCACUUCAGAAUAAAUCUUGUAUCUGCAGAUAAAUUGUUCAUGUGGGAAUCGUUGCGAGUAGCUGUAGAGAUGUAUUCAACAUCGCUUAACAAAUAUGUUGAAGUUGCUAAUAUAUCGGUCAGUGGCGACUUUAUAAGCAAAAGACUAAUGUUCACAUAUGUGGAGAAUAAACAGGGUCACUUUCCUCACAUUAUUUCAGGUACAGUGUUAAAUGUACCAAAGUUUUUAGCGUGCAUUUUGGAACAGGAUGCAAACUUUGUUUUACCAGAGCAGUUUAGAGUUGAAAAUUGGAUUUGUAAUUAAAACAAUUCAAAGCAAUUGUUACUCUUCAUUUAUUUAGAUUAUGUAACAAGACUAGACAUUGAAUAAACAACAUUGUUAUAUAAAAAA